AUGGAAAGAGGAUCCAUGGUUGUUGCUGUUGGGGAAAAUAAUAAAAUAGCGGGUAUUCCUCUUCAAAAGUGUCUGAGAUAUUCUGCUAAAGAGAAAAAGAAAAUAGAAAUCCCCCAGCCGUUUAUAGUAAAACAGUAUAACCGGUAUAUGGGUGGUGUUGAUCAGCUCGACAAUCAUAUUUCAAAUUACAGAAUAGCAAUGAGAGGUAAAAAAUGGUACACUCCACUGAUGUACUGGGCAAUUGAUGUAUGUGUUGUAAAUUCUUGGAAUCUCGCACGGCAGUAUGGAUAUAAAAAAGACCAACUAGAUUUUCGCAGAGGUAUUGCAAAGGAACUGUUGUCAACAUAUGGUCGAGAACCACCUGUAGCGGGAAAAAAACGAGCUGCCAUCAGAUAUCCUGCUUCUGCAUCUGGGAGACAUCUGAUAAUAACGGGAGAAGCAAGACGCCGCUGUCAGAGUUGCAAAAAUAAAACAAACAAACGUUGUGAUACAUGCAAAGUUCCUCUUCAUGACAAAUGCUUCUUAGAAUACCAUAACUCCUGA